AUGUGGCGAACUUUUCUCUUACUUGUUACCUUUCUUGUAGCUAAUAUUGAUGGCGAAGGAUAUUAUUGCUAUGGCGAUGGACCUGUGAACAACGAUAUACAACCUUGCAGGUUUUUUGCUGCAGUAAUUGAUGCAGGGUCUACGGGCACUAGAUUACAUUUAUAUCGUUUUGUUAUGAACCAAGAUCCUCAUGGAUUGCCUAUGUUAGUAGAGGAAGAGACAUUCCAAGAGGUUAAACCAGGGCUAUCUUCUUUCAAUAACGAUCCUAAAGGAGCAGCCCUCUCUGUUAGGAAUCUUGUCAAAAUCGCUCAAGAUGUAGUACCUCAUUUUCUUUGGGAAAGGACUCCAAUUACAUUGAAGGCAACUGCUGGUCUGCGUCUGCUUCCAGGUGAUAUGGCAGACGAAAUUUUGAGCGAGGUUGAAUAUGAACUCAAAGAAAGCGGUUUCCAUUUAAGUCCAAACUCUGUAGCUAUCAUGAGUGGCUCAGACGAGGGAAUGUAUAGUUGGUUUACAUUGAACCUUCUUCUGAACCGGUUAUUUUCAAAUGAUCCUAAGAACCCUACAAAGCCUCAAGCUACAAGUAGUGUCGCCGCUUUCGAUCUCGGAGGUGGAUCAACCCAACUAACCUACUGGCCUUCCUCAGAAAGAAUUUUCCACAUUUACCCGGGAUAUGAGAAGGCAAUUGACUUCUUCGGUCACAAGAUGAAACUUUUCACGCAUAGUUUCUUGGGAAAUGGUUUGAAUGCCGCUCGCCUUAGUGUUCUUCUUCAAGUUUCGGACAUUGUUUCAGCAGAUCUUGAAGAUCUAGAUAUGCUUCUCUCUCAUUGUUUCCCAGAAUCUUAUGUCUUACCAAAUUGGCAUUAUGCUCUUAGGAACUGGAACAUCAGUGGAACUAGUAGCUACUCAUUCAAAGCAUGUUACGAGUCGGUCAAGCUGUUUGUGGAACGUAGCGAAGUAAUGCUCUUAGAAGAUUUGAAAGGAAAACCUGUUUAUCUGUUUUCUUACUUCUAUGAUAGAGGCUCAAAUGCUGGAUUAGUCAAGAACAAUACGGGUGGAUUGGUGAAGUUGUCUGAUUUCAAAGAAGCUGCCGAAAAAGCUUGUCUCAGAGAUGCUGAUGAACUAGACGGAACUCAUGUGCCGCAUUGGUAUCCAUGGUUAUGCCAAGAUCUAACCUACAUUUACGCUCUCCUUCAUGACGGUUAUGGAUUCGAUGAUCAACAAGAACUUUUCCUGGCGAAGAAAAUCAAGGGAAUGGAAGUAUCAUGGGGCCAAGGAUUAUCGUAUGCGCUCGUCAAUGAAUUCAAUGAGUACAUGAGCUACGAGAAUCCACAGAAAGGCCUGAAUGAAACAGUAGUGGAGCAAAUAUGGCAUUACGUCUAUUUGGGCACAAACAAUAUAAUCACGUACUUCAGUCUUCUUUCAGGAUUUGGAGGCGAUUCUUAA